UCCUUGGAUAUCACGCACCGAUACUCCCUAAACGACGACAAACCCUGCUGCCUCUCCGCCGGCUGGUCUUUCCACUAGUUUUCAUUGCGAUAUAUCGAACGAGGAAAUCAUCGGUUCGUUUUAAUUAAUCGACUUCGAGGUUACACGAUUUCGUCUCUUGUCAGAGAAACGGGCAUACCUGUUUACCAGUUGUCUUGUGGUUAUUUCAUCAGAAAAUAAUUGCAUUGCAGUUACAUUCUUGGAGUUUGAAGAAAGACGUUGAACUUCUUUGGGUAUUUCUUUUUUUCUUUUCUUUUUUUUUACUCCUUUUUCCGAUGAUUAAAGAUCAAAUUAUUUGACAUUAUCUUUUAUUAAUUAAUUUCGAUUCUUUUUUUUUUGAUUCUUUUGGAACUCCAUAAGAUCGAGUGCGAGUUUCAAUAUCUGGAAUUAUUAUUUUUACAGAAAGUGAUACUUGUUCCUUAUUUUUUUGUUUCUUUUGGAUUCGAAAAGUGUUGAUAUUGAGAAAUUCUUUGAAGAUUUAUGCAUUGAACAGAAUCAGAGAAAGGAUUGAUGAAGAUAUACAGUGCUCGAGUGUGUUUUGAAGUGUUUGAAGCAUCUCAAAUAUGACACCAAUGUGUAACUUUCAAAUAUUACAAGCGAGUAGGAUGUAAUUUAUACUUGGGAUAGAUCGAAUCACUAUCUCAAGAUUAUUCAAGAUUACAUCUUUGAAAUUCUUACGAAAAAUAAACGGAAAAAUGCAAUCGACCUGUCAACAGCAAGCUCAAGCACAUCCUGGUCAAAACGGUACCUCCGCAAGUCGGACAUCCUUUCUGAUCGAGGAUAUUCUCAGUCGUGGUAGCGUACCACCCCAUACACAUCAUCAGCUUCAUCAUCAGCAUCUUAGCUCGGCUCACGGCCAGCAGCAUCAGCAAUAUCAACAAUUCGCUAAUUUAUUACCUGGAUACCCGUCGGCGCCACCCACAGCUGCAUUUUUUCUGGGACCACUUUUUGGUAGCGCUGGUAUGGGGGUUGGCGUGGUACCAGGGGUCAGUGAACUUGCGGCCUUAAAACAUUGUCGACGACGAAAAGCACGAACGGUGUUUAGCGAUCAGCAGUUAGCUGGUUUGGAAGCCAGGUUCGAAGUUCAAAGGUAUCUGAGCACACCGGAAAGAGUCGAACUAGCGGCAGCCUUGCAUUUGUCCGAGACCCAAGUGAAGACAUGGUUUCAAAAUCGGAGAAUGAAGCAUAAGAAACAAUUACGAAAGUUGAACACGAAUUCGAAUAGUAAUGGGAUUCAAUCGUCUGGUCAACAGUGCGGUUCUCAAUCCGGUUCGGUGACAUCUCCAGCAGAACGACCUGUGGACUUCUCGCUGAGCAGCGGCGGUGCUGGUGGUGGUCGAGAGUCUCGAGGAAGUAGCGAUGCUGCUAUGGACUCCGAUGAAGAUGAAAUUGAUAUUCUUGGCGAAGACGAGGAACCUUCACCUUCGAGGAGCGUUGGAAGUUUACAUCUGCCAAAACGUAGUUCUUCGACACCCUCUUUUCAUCAAACGACGCAUCCGCAUCCGGUUACCCUCUCGCAUCAAUCAUCACACCAACAACAUCAGCACGGCGUUCAACGCCAGCAGCAUCGCUGAGAAUUCAAGGACAAAAGAUUCUCCUCGAGGAACACUAUCUUCCAACUAGAGAACUCUUCUUCUUCUUCUUCUACUUCUUCCUCCUCUUCUUCUUAUUCUUCUUCUACUUCAACAUCUUCUUUCGAUCCUUCAGCUUCUUCGUCCUAGCUCGAAGACGAAAUGGCACCAACAUUGAGAGAGAGAGAGAGAGAGAGAGAGAGAGAGAGAGAGAGAGAGAAAGAGAAAAAGAGAGAGAAAGAAAGAGAGAGAGAGAGAGAGAGAGAGAAAGAAAGAGAGAGAAAGAGAAAGAGAGAAAGAGUCUCUCUAUGAUGACGAACUUGAUAAUUUUGAGAGGGUAGUGUUUCUUCGAGGAAGUGAAAUCGGUUCGAGACGUGCUAUCGGAAUCUUUCCGUUCGAUAUAAUAAUGCACGUAAUAACAAAGCUGACCGUGUGCGCGAAUAUAUCUGAUAGAAUUAAUCGAUCAUUUUCGUAGCCGCAAGCAUGAAUUUACCUGAACCUUUCUCGAAAUCAGUAGGAAUAAUCACGGAUAGAAUA